UUUUGUCCAAGAUGGCGGAAUAGAUGCAGCCGAGGCGACGCUAAUGUUUUUCCUUUUAUUUUUAUCCGUAAAACUCAGCAUCCAGGCGAGCGUUCUUCCGUGCACACGUUAGCUAAAGUCUUCCACACGGAUGCGCAAGCUCUCUCGGAGCCGUGAGAUUCCACCUCGGAGCUGAUUUUAUAUUUUUGCCAGCGGAGCAUCACUGGAUAAUGAAGCGGCAGGCCGAACGCGACGCGAGUCCCUCCAGAACGCUCGCCAAACGCGUCCGCGAGCGCGACCGAGAGCGCGAACCGAACCCUCCGCUCGCGCUGCUGCUCGCCGAAAGCCGAAACUACCAUAAGCGGAGCCGCAGCCGCGAGCGGGAGAAGCCGCGAGUCCGCGAGGAGAGAGAGAGUCUGCAUCACCGGCCGCAUCACGAGCUCGGUCUGCUGGGACGGGCUCCCCUCAGAACCACAGCGGUCCUGCCCAAAGGUAAGACCCCAUCCGCUGAAACUGUGGGCGCACGACUCGAAUACAAGACACUAUUAAUAAGCAACCUGGGGUCUCAGCUCUCCGACGAGCAUGUAGAGGACGGACUGUUUCAUGAGUUCAAAAAGUUUGGGGACGUGAGCGUCAAGCUGUCCCACACGCCAGAACUGGGCCGAAUUGCGUAUGUAAACUUCAGACACACGGAACACGCGCGGGAAGCUCGUCAUGCCAAAACCCGGCUGGUGCUGUACGACCGUCCGCUGAAAGUGGAGCCCAUGUACAUGCGGCGGCGCAGCGUCACUCCUCCAGAUGUGAGCUAUGUGUCUCUGCACAGCGCCGCGUACGCAUACAGGCAGCGCUCCCUGUCUCCGGGGGCCGGGAGCAGCGCCCUCAGGGAAAUAAGGCCCAGGCAUUAUGUGGAGGGUAUGGCGCUCAGCAGGGACAGAGUUUUGGACUAUUACACAGCCCUGGAGGAGAGGACGCGUGCCUAUGCCUAUCAGCUUCCCGAGGAGGACUUAAAGCCGGAGGACGAUCAGAGAGCCACACGGAACUUGUUUAUCGGCAAUUUGGAUCAUAAUAUCACUGAGGUGGAGCUACGGCAGGGCUUUGACAAGUAUGGGAUUAUUGAGGAAGUGGUCAUCAAGCGGCCUGCGCGUGGACAAGGAGGUGCUUAUGCUUUUCUUAAAUUUCAGAACUUGGAUAUGGCUCACCGGGCCAAAGUGGCCAUGCAGGGGCGUAUGAUUAAUGGCAACCCGAUUAAGAUCGGAUAUGGGAAAGCUAAUCCCACGACCCGGCUCUGGGUGGGCGGACUCGGUCCGAAUACAUCGCUGGCCGCUUUAGCACGUGAGUUUGACCGCUUUGGGAGUAUCCGCACCAUAGACUAUGUGAAAGGAGAUAAUUUUGCUUAUAUUCAUUAUGAGAGCCUGGAUGCGGCGCAGGCUGCUUGCGCACAGAUGCGUGGCUUCCCUCUGGGCGGCCCGAGCCGCAGGCUGCGUGUGGAUUUUGCUAAAGCUGAGGAGACGAGGGCGUACCCCCAACAAUACCAGCCCCCUUUGCUUCCUCCUCCACAUUAUGAUCUUCUUCCUGAAGGUUACGCGCGCCACCGCAGCCUGGAGCGGGAGCUGAGAGCCAGGGCUCGCUCUCCCUCACACCCUCUGUUCGCGGAGCGAGAAAGAGACCGCCUCUCUGACCGGGACUGGAGCCCCCCAAAAGGACUAGAGCGGAGGGCUAACCCGGAGACGUUUGGCCGGGUCAGACAGCGCAGUCGGAGCCGCAGCAGAGAGCGCUGGCUGAAAGAGCGAGACCUGGAGCGCGGCCUCGGGAAGAACUUUGAGGAGCGCCGCAAGCGAAGGAGCCUCAGCCCCAUAGAGCGUCCCGCAGAGGAGCGCGGGAGGUCAAAGCUCAGAGGAGGAGCGCCGUCCACUCCUGAAGACAGCCCUGACCGAGGCCGCGGCCGUCUGCCCGACUCCACCUCUGAACCCCUGGACCACACACCCGACAUCAGCAGACACUCCAGCGACGAGCGUCCCGCACAGGAUGACCCUGCCCAUCCGAGGAAGGACGAGCGCGAUCGCAACCCCCGCAAAAGCGAGAUUGACCCUGACUCUCAAUCAGACAAGUCCAAAACAGACUCCAAAAAGCCCAGCACGCUCUCUGAAUACGCUCAAUCGCUGAGCCGCGUCUGGCACGGCUCCCUAGUCCUGAAAAACAGCAGCUUCCCCACUAACAUGCACAUGCUGGAGGGGGGCGCGAGCUUCCUCCACUCCCUCAUGAGGGACAACCAAGCAGGCGGGUCCAAGAUCACACAGCUCAAAAUCGCCCAGCGGCUGAGGCUGGAUCAGCCCAAACUGGACGAGGUGACGCGCCGCAUUAAGCUAGGCAGUCCUGAUGGUUAUGCAGUCCUCCUCGCCGUGCAGGGACCCAUGGACCGCGACGCACCUCCUCCAGAACCAGGCCUUCAGCAGCGCCUUCUCCGAAACCUGGUGACUUACCUCAGGAACAAACAAGCAGCAGGGGUCAUCGGCCUGCCCCUCGGCGGCCCCAAGGAGCGGGAGAUGGGGGGCAUGCUGUACGCCUUCCCGCCCUGUGACUUCUCUCAGCAGUACCUGCAGACUGCUCUGAAGACUGUAGGGAAGCUGGAGGAGGAGCACCUGGUCAUCGUGGUGGUCCGAGACUCCCCUAAUCCACAGGUUCUCUGAGUUUAGGAGGGGUGUUUUUACUUUAAUACUUACACACAGUCCAAUGCUCCAGGAAACUGAGCAGCAUCUACAGAGCCGUUUUAUAAGCUGAGUUUCUGCCAAGAGGUUUUCCAGCAGUGUUCAGAGCUCUUCCCACACGCCUCUCCUCUUUAAACAGUGUUUUAUAGAUGUGCAUGCACAGCCCGGUGUGACUGAUGUUCAGCUCUGCUGGUUAAUCUGUGUCCUCAUGUUCACAACUGCAGCAGAAUGAGUCUGUUUAAAGUGGGAGAUCAUUCUUUAGUCAAUCGUCACACUCAAUUUACCUACAAAUCAGAUGCGUUCAGCUCAUGUUUCAUUGACCAGUGUGUUCAACCAGAAAUGAACAUCACCUCAUCAUUCACUCUCUCUCUCAUGUGCUUUUAAACAUUUGUGAGUGUUCUGCUGAACACAAAAGGAGAUAUUUUGAAGAAUGCUGGUUGCCUGUGAUUUUUACAGUCAGGAAAAUUAGUCAUGAGUGUCAACAUUCUUCAAAAUAUCUCCUUUUGUGUUCAGCGGAAGAAAUAAAAUAGAUUUUAAACAAGAGAAGAGUGACAGAAUCUUCAUUUUUGGUUGAGCUAUCCCUUUACUGCCGUUUCACACAUUCAGUAACACGUCUUCCACACGUGUGUGUGUGUGUUUCACAGUUAUGUUCAUAGAGAUAUAUCAGGCUCAGUUCAGCAUCAUAACUAAUCACAUCUACCUCUUUACUCAUGUAACAUGUGUCAGGUAUGUCUUACAAAAUGAAGAGCGUCUGGAAUAUUCAUAUGCAUCUGCAGCACUACCCAGAAGGUGUACUGUCGAAUACUGUACUAAUCCACACACACUAAACAUUGCGAACACUACAGCUGAGGGUUGUGUACACAUGAAUGUCUUGUUAAGCCUUCUCUGGUCUCCGACUGCCCUCCACUGAAUGACUUUAGUGCCGCGUCAUUCGAAGCCGAUGAUGAAUGCAGAUUUUAUACUCUGAAAUGUCUGUAUUAAUGUGUUAUUUCCAGAUUUGAGUCGUCCUGCCAACACUACAACACUUUGCACUGAACGGUCAUGUUAUUUUCACAUCCUCUUCUGUUGUUUAUCCCUCUAUUUUAUCACUCCUCUUUUGUAUUCUGUUGUUUUUAGUCUGUGAGCUAAACAUGUAUGACGUAAAAAAAAGAGUAAACAUUUCAUGUGCUUGUUUUUAAA